UGUCCAUGUUACUUUGGUUUGUAGUCAUCUGGAUGGAGACCUGUCGUUGUUGGUAGAUGAACAGAUAAAUUAUUUGGUUCUGAACAGAAAGAUUUAGUAUAUACUCUGUAUUAACCAUUACACUCUGAAAUUGUGUGUUUUCAAAUUAUAUAUUACUGCACGGGGUUAAAAAGCUCAGAUGCCAAUAUCUAUACGUAAUUUAAUAGAAAAAAACUGAGUUGCCAAUAGGUGUAAUCCAAUUGUAUGCACCACAGAAAAUUAUUCUAAAUUGAGUGCACUUAUAUUUUCAUUCAAAAGCAAAAGCUUCACGACAAAUUCUACAAAUCACUGUCAAUAAAUUUGAUAUAUUCGGACUAGAAUCAUUUUAAUUUCACGUGAUAUAUUCGGAAUGCUUCACAUCAAAAAGGCAAAAAUGUUACGGAAGUUCUGAAAAGAAUUUCCAUGAUUGUUGCUGGGAUACCAUAAUGUGAUUUAUCUUUGUGAUGACAGAUAGCCAGUCUUCGGUAGUAAGGAAUUCGACUCAUCAUGACGUAUUUGAAAAUUUGAAGUACUGAUACAGAAAGCUUGAAGUUCUUCUAAUGUUAGAUAUGGGAUUUAUAUGUUUUGGAGCCCAGAAAUGAUAUCUAAUAUUGUAGAAAGAUUUCUUAUAAAAUGGCAAGCACACCCAAUGUUUUUGCUUUGAAUGGGAGUCUAGUAUAGUUACUUUUAUUUGACAGAGAGAGUUAAGAGUGUAUAUAUAACUUGUAUCCUACAUUAGAAUAAGGAUAGAAAAAUUGGAGAUAGGCUUGGGAUCCAUGGGAACCUCAGUAGCUAGAAAUGUAAGCUUGAGAAGUUCCAGUAGAAGGAACAAUAGAGGAAUUGCAGAUGCUUUUAUCAGAUCAACAGAAGAUAGUGUGGAGGAUGAUGAACAAAAUCUAAUGUGGGCAGCUAUUGAGAAGCUGCCUACAUAUAAUAGGCUAAGGACCAGUAUCCUGUUUCAGAGUGAUACCCAAAAUGGUCAUGUUGAUGCUAUAGUAGCAGGCAAAACCCAGAUUCCAAAGGAAGUAGAUGUUAGAAAGUUGGAACCAAUGGAACGAAAAAUGUUUAUUGAGAAAGUCCUCCAAGUGACCGAAGAAGAUAAUGAAAAGUUCCUGAAAAAGCUUAGAGCUCGUAUUGAUAAAGUAGGUAUAGAGAUUCCAACUAUAGAAGUUCGUUUUGAAAAUUUAUCUGUACAGGGGAAGUGUUUUGUUGGCGGAAGAGCACUCCCUACACUUUGGAACUCUGCCAAGAACUUCAUAGAGGCAUUGCUCGGAUCCAUUGGAUUGUCACCAACAAAGAAAGUUGACCUUCAGAUCCUUAAAGAUGUCACUGGUAUAAUCAAGCCUUCUAGACUGACUUUAUUGUUAGGACCACCAAGCUCUGGGAAGACCACUCUGCUUUUAUCUUUGGCUAAUAAAGUGGCAAAGGACCUGAAGGUGAAAGGAUCUAUUACUUACAAUGGGCAUGGACUGGAUGAGUUUGUUCCUCAGAAGACAUCUGCAUAUAUAAGUCAGAACGACUUGCAUGUAGGAUUGAUGACUGUUCGUGAAACAUUGGAUUUCUCUGCAAGAUGUCAAGGUGUUGGCAGUAGAUAUGAGCUGCUGUCUGAAGUUGCUAGAAGAGAGAAAGAAGGUGGAAUUUUCCCAGAGCCUGAAGUUGACCUCUUCAUGAAGGCAACAGCCAUGGGAGGUGUCCGCAGUAGCCUCCAGACUGAUUACACUCUCAAGAUGUUGGGUUUAGAUAACUGUGGGGAUACAAUGAUCGGAGAUCAAAUGCUAAGAGGAAUUUCAGGUGGAGAAAGAAAGCGUGUUACAACUGGGGAAAUGAUUGUUGGGCCAACAAGAGCUCUUUUCAUGGAUGAGAUUUCAACCGGACUAGACACAACUACAGCUUACCAAAUAGUAAAAUGCCUGCAGCAAAUCUGUUCCCAUAUGGAUGCAACAAUUCUUAUGUCUUUGCUCCAACCUGCACCUGAAAUAUAUGAAUUGUUUGAUGACAUUAUACUACUUUCAGAGGGACAAAUUGUCUAUCAUGGACCCAGAGAGCAUGUACUUGAAUUUUUUGACACCUGUGGAUUCCAAUGCCCUGAGAGGAAGAGCCCAGCAGAUUUCUUACAGGAGGUGACUUCAGCGAAAGAUCAACAGCAGUAUUGGGCUAACAAGACGACACCGUAUCGCUUUGUCUCUGUUAAGGAAUUUGCAAAUAUGUUCAAAACUUUUCAUGUGGGUUCCUAUCUUUCCAAUGAAUUAUCAAUACCAUACGACAAACAAAAAAACCACAAAGCAGCUUUGGUACUUAAUAGACACUCUGUCCCCAAAACAGAGAUCUUUAAGGCCUGCUUUGAAAGAGAAUGGCUUCUUUUCAAGCGUAAUUCCUUCUUCUAUAUCUUCAAGACUGUACAGAUUAUUUUUAUGGCAGUAGUAGCAACUACAGUAUUCCUGAGAACCCGCAUGCGUCAGAGAAAUGAGGAUGAUGGCAGUUUGUAUCUUGGAGCUCUGUUUUUUAGUCUCCUUGUCAACAUGUUCAAUGGAGCUGCAGAACUAUCAUACACACUAAGCAGGUUACCUAUGUUCUUUAAGCAGCGAGACCUUCUCCUAUUUCCUGCAUGGGCUUAUACUAUUCCAACCUUAUUGUUGAGCAUUCCUAUCUCAGUUGUGGAGGGAUUUUCUUGGGUUAUUGUAACUUACUAUGGAAUAGGAUUUUCUCCUGAAGCCAGCAGGUUUUUCAGGCAAUUCCUUAUACUUACUCUUGUAAAUCAGAUGUCAGCUUCUCUGUUUCGGUUACUGGCAGCAAUUUGCAGGACAAAACCAGUAUCCAAUAGUUUAUCAAAUUUUGCCUUGUUAUCUAUUUUCAUGCUUGGAGGCUUUGUUAUUCCUCGAGAGAAGAUUCCCAAGUGGUGGACCUGGGGCUACUGGUCCUCACCAAUGAUGUAUGGACAGAAUGCCCUAGUGGUAAAUGAGAUGCUUGCUCCAAGAUGGAAUAAAAGCAUUAAUGGCAACCUGAUUUUGGGUCUUGAAGUACUCAAAAGCCGCCAAAUAUUUCAGAGAGGCUACUGGUAUUGGAUAGGGGCUGCUGCUUUGUUGGGGUUUAUAUUGGUCUUCAAUAUUUUAUACACAAUGGUCCUUACAUACAUAAAUCCUCCCGGGAAACCUCAGCCUGUUUUGUCUAGAGAAAGCAUUGCCAAACAGCAAGGUGCCCAGUAUGACAAUAUGGCACAUAAAGAACCCCAAGUGUUUUCAUCAUGGGCCAAGGAUAAAAAAUUGGAGCACUUCUCGUCAAAAGACUCAGAAAGUAAUGCAACAGGUAAAACAGAUUUAGAAGCAGCAGCAUCAGGUUCUCCAAAGCAAGGGAUGAUUCUUCCGUUCAAACCAUUAACAAUGUCUUUUAGUGAUGUCAACUACUUUGUUGACAUGCCUCAGGAAAUGACUCAACAAGGUGUGACUGAUAAAAGACUUCAGCUGCUGCAAGACGUGACUGGAGUGUUUAGACCAGGCGUUCUUACAGCUUUGAUGGGAAUUAGUGGGGCUGGAAAGACGACACUUAUGGAUGUAUUGGCUGGAAGGAAGACCAGUGGAUAUAUUGAAGGGGACAUAAGAAUCUCUGGAUUUCCUAAAAGGCAAGAGACCUUUGCCCGGAUUUCUGGUUAUUGUGAACAGAAUGAUAUACAUUCUCCACAGCUAACUGUGAGAGAGUCCUUGAUAUUCUCUGCAUUUAUACGUCUUCCUAGGGAGGUUGAUAAGAUGACCAAACUUACCUUUGUGGAAGAGAUCAUGCAACUGGUAGAGUUGGAUGACUUAAGAGAUGCAUUAGUUGGUUUGCCUGGUGUAACUGGUUUGUCAACAGAACAGAGAAAACGCUUAACAAUUGCCAUAGAGCUUGUUGCGAAUCCAUCUAUUAUUUUCAUGGAUGAACCAACUUCAGGACUAGAUGCCAGAGCAGCAGCAAUUGUGAUGCGAACUGUGCGUAACACUGUUAAUACAGGAAGAACUGUUGUCUGUACAAUCCACCAACCAAGCAUUGAUAUAUUUGAAUCAUUUGAUGAGCUUCUGUUAAUGAAAAGAGGAGGCCAAAUCAUUUUUGCAGGAACCUUAGGUCAGAACAGUCACAAGAUCAUUGAAUAUUUUGAGUCUGUCCCAGGAAUACCCAAGAUAAAGUAUAAAUGCAAUCCAGCAACAUGGAUGCUUGAAGUUAGCUCUGCUGCAUCUGAACUUCGCUUGGGAAUAGACUUUGCAGAGCACUACAAGAACUCAUGUCUCUAUGAGAAAAACAAAGCAUUGAUAAAAGAGCUUAGCAUACCAGUUCCUGAUGCAAAAGAUCUUUGCUACCCAAUGCAGUAUUCACAGUCAUUUUGUGAUCAAUUCAAAUUCUGCCUGUGGAAGCAAUGGUGGACAUAUUGGCGAAGCCCACCUUACAAUAGUGUCAGAUAUGUCGUUACUCUAUUCACUGCUUUGGUAUUUGGAACUUUAUUUUGGGACUACGGAAAAAAAAUGGAUAACGGUACAGAUCUCUUUGUUAUCAUUGGGGGCAGUUAUGGGGCAGUGAUGUUCUUAGGAGUGAGCAACAGUUUAACAGUGCAACCUGUGGUUGCAAUUGAAAGAACAGUAUUCUAUAGAGAAAGGGCUGCAGGAAUGUACUCUGCAAUGCCCUAUGCCUUGGCCCAGGUGGCCAUAGAGAUCCCAUACAUAUUAUCCCAAACAGUUCUUUAUGCGCUUAUUGUCUAUAGUAUGAUAGGUUUCCAAUGGGUAGCCAGCAAGUUCGCUUGGUUCCUGUUCAUUUAUUUUUUCACAUUCCUCUAUUUUACCUACUAUGGGAUGAUGGCAAUUUCAAUAACACCAAAUGAGCAGAUGGCUGCAAUUUUAACAGGAUCUUUCGGUGCCAUAUUUAAUCUUUUUUCAGGGUUCUUCAUUCCAAAACCGAAAAUCCCAAAAUGGUGGAUUUGGUAUUAUUGGAUCUGUCCAGUUGCUUGGACAGUUUAUGGCCUCAUUAUUACGCAGUAUGGGGACAUCACUAACCCAAUUAUGGUAAAUGGAAAAGAGACAAUGCCUUUGAACAAAUUUGUGGAGGAAUAUUUUGGAUACAGCAACGAAUAUUUAUGGCCAGCUGCUGUAGUUCUCAUAGGUUUUGGAGUUUUCUUUGCAAUUAUGUUUGGUAUGGGCAUCAAGGUAUUGAAUUUCCAGAAACGAUGAGGCAUUGGUUUACAUUUUUUAUUUUGGUUUCCAUAAAGUUGAGCAUUGUUUCUGCUUACUGUUGAUAGACAAACAGCCUAUCACAAGUCGUUGCAAGGAGUAACAUAAAUUUGAUUAUGUAAAAAAGACAGUUUAUAUCAUUACAGCAGCUUUGUACAUUUUCUUGCCAUCACAAUGAAUGGAAAAGACUAGCCAAAUACUUAUCAAUUA